AUGCCUAAUAUGAAUGGAUAUGAGCUGCUGAGAAAUAUUAGAAAUCAUCGUGCAACUCAAUCAAUUCCUGUUAUACUUUUAUCUGCCAAGGCCGAAGAAGGAGAUAACAUUAAAGGUUUAGACAAAGGAGCGAGUGAUUAUUUAACUAAACCCUUUAGUGCACGGGAGCUUAUAGCGAGAGUUCGUGUAAACAUUAAACUUUCUUAUCUGCGUCAACAACUUUAUCUACAUCAAUGUCAUCAGGCUGAGACAAAACAACUUUUAUUUUCCAUCUCAAAUAAAAUUCAUUCCGGAUAUGAUUUAAAAGAGACCCUUGCAUCGGCUGUUGAAGAGAUACAUAAUAUAUUACCAUCCGAUAGAUUAUUUGUAGUAGCCAAUGAACAAUUUGAAGGGGGUGAUGAUGUCAUUGUGGCAUUUUCAGCUAAAGAUAAAAAUGAAACUAAUUUGGAAGGACAUACAGUAAAGUAUACCUCGGAGCAAAUUAAAAAACAAAGUGAUCCAAAACUUUCAGGAAAAAUUGUUGAUAUUGGAAAAAAAGGAGUAUUAUGCAGUUCUUGUGGUGGAAACAAGUUGGAAGACCAUUUUUCAAUUGCUAAUAAAACUUUAUCAGAAAUAGAAAAUGAAAAUAAGUUUAUUAAACCUGAAUCACAAAUAGCCUCGAUUGAGAAUAUGGUACAACAUUCCGAUCAUAAGGAUUUGGAAAUUGCCAUAAUACCAAAAUUCUAUUCAGUCAUCGUACAAAAUCAUGUAUCAUUAUUGGCAGUGGCUAUAAUAGUAAAUAAUUCUAUUUGGGGAUGGAUCAAAGCACAUCGACUACCAAAUCAUAAUUGGUUAGAUUGGGAAAAAGAAUUUUUACAACAAAUUUCGAAUCAAAUAAGUUUGGCUAUUACACAUUCCAAAUUAUCAGAAGAAAAAUUGAAAAAGGAUGCACAAAUGGAAGCCGCUAAAGCUGCGAAUGAAGCAAAAGGUCAAAUUUUGGCUAACACUAGUCACGGGGCAAUUAUUGGGGUGUUAUCGGCACUUGAAGAGACCCCGCUGACAGAAGAUCAAAAGGAUAUGAUCGACAUAAUGUCACGUGCAUCUGACGUGGUACUCUCUGUAGUUAAUGAUAUUCUAGACGCGGCAAAAUUGGAAGCACAAAAGAUUAAAUUAAUGAAUCGAGCGUUUAAUCUGUUUGAUUUGGUAGAAAAAACACUUGAAUUAUUUGGUGAAAGAGCUGGUACUAAACAAAUUGAAUUGAUAUUGGAUUGUGAACCAAAUAAAUUACCCAAAUUUGUGAUAACUGAUCCGGAAAGAUUUCAGCAAGUAUUGGUGAAUCUGUUAUCUAAUUCGAUAAAAUUCACUGAUAACGGACAAGUCAUACUUAAAAUCUCAAUUUCUUCAUGUGGUGAUGUGAUUGAAGAGUCAUCUGGAGCAAAAGGACAUGAAUUUAAGGGCAAAUCCAAGUUACUCGUUGAAAUAAGUGAUACCGGUAUUGGAAUCGAACCAGCAUUUAUAAAAGUUAUCUUUGAUAGUUUUUCACAAGGUGAUGCGUCCAUGACACGAAGACACGAUGGUACAGGACUUGGUUUGUCGAUAUGUAAACAUUUGGUGUCAAUUAAUGGGGGAGAAUUAAGGGUACAAAGUGAACUUGGAAAAGGAAGUAAAUUCUGGUUUACGUGGAACAUUGAACCUUUAGCGAUGUCGGUCACACAAACAACCUCAAUACCUCAAAUUUCACAACCAUUAACUUCAUCGGAAGAACCAACAACUUUAACAUUUCCUUCAAUGAUACGAUCCAAACGGGUUCUAAUUAUAGAUCCUGUUGAAAAUGCGAGAAAUUCUUUGGUGAAAUUGAUUCGUGCUAGUAUAGAUGUAGUUGAUGCUUUUGAUAGUUGUGAAGAAGGAAUUAAUAAAGCAAGACAAUUAAAAGCAGAACAAAAUGGAUCACCAUAUGAUUUAGUUUUCUUAAAUGUAUAUUUAGAAACUGCAGAAAUAGUUAAGAGAGCCGCGCUACAAUUAAGAUUAAUUUGUGGUCAAGGUUUAUCUAUAGCCUUUUUGGUAUUUUGGAGUGUCAAAGGAAGGGCCUUAGGAAAGGUUCUUAUUAAUCAAAUAGGAGGACAUGCAGCUGCGCUAUGUAAGCCUGUAAUGCAAAAAAAAUUAUUUGACUGUUUGUAUAAUAAUAGUUUAUUUAAACAAACUGAUACUUCCGACACAUCAGAAUAUUAUAUGAGGGAAUAUAAUGCUAUUAGAUCUUUAGUUGAUAUUCGAACUGACAAGUUUUAUUAUAAUAAUAGACCUACAUCAUCUAUAAAUGAAAAAGUUCAAAUGACCAUUGAGGGUGUAGAGGACGAUCUUCGAUCACGCAGGGAAGAUAUAAAUGCGAUGAUUAUUGAUCAAGAUUGUGUUAGUAAAGAUCAAAAGGUUAAUGUAAUUGAACAAGUUUCUAAUAAAACUUCAACUGGCAAAGCAGCAAAUGUUGUUAUUGGUGUCAAAAGAAAUGUCAGCGAAAAAAAUGAUAAUAACCCACGUGCUCAGAAAUCCAGGUCAAGAACCAUGCCUAAAUCAAAGUGUAUUUUAUGCGUGGAAGAUAAUCCGAUAAAUCUAAAGGUGAUUAAACAUCAAUUAUCUAAACUUGGAUAUCCUACUUUAUCUGCCACAAAUGGACAAGAAGCCAUAAAUUUAGUAGAGGCUGAAUAUGCGAAUUUACCUUCGGAUCAUAAUUCUAGUUCUCUAGAUGGUAAUCUGAAUAAUUCAUCUGACACCUCUUCAAGAAUUUCUUUAAUUUUAAUGGAUUGUGCCAUGCCAAUAUUGUCAGGUUUUGAUGCAUCGAUAUCUAUUAGACAGAUGCAACCUCCAGCUUCUAACAUACCUAUAAUAGCAUUGACUGCUUCAGCAGUACAAGGAACUCGUGAUAAAUGUCUCGAAAGUGGGAUGAAUGAUUUUCUAACAAAACCACUUAGGAUUCCUGAAUUAAAAGAGAUGUUAAAUAAGUGGCUUGGAGAUGACGAAUAA